AUGGCGGCUUGUGCUUCUACGCUACACAGCUCUGCAGCUCUCGUUGCAGUGCAAUCUGUUUCACUCUCUUCCAGCCAAAGACUAGCCAGCACCAGCAGCCUAUCGGUGACGUGGCGAAAUGUUCGCCAGACGUCGUCGCCGUCACAUGGUCGCCAACAACGCUUCGCCGUGAGAGCAGCUGCGGCUGAAGAGGCGUCGAAGAAGGCCUCCGGCGAUGACAGCGGGAGUGGCAGCGACAGCGAGGUGGACGAUCGCAUCAUACCGUACUGCGACAUCGCGAAGAAGAAGCAGCGCACGCUGGGCGAGAUGGAGCAGGAGUUCCUGCUGGCGCUGCAGGCGUACUACAUCGGGCAGGACCCCAUCAUGAGCAACGAGGAGUUCGACCUGCUCAAGGAGGAGCUGCUCUGGGAAGGCAGCCAGGUCGUCGUGCUCUCUAAGGACGAGCAGAAGUUCAUGGAAGCUUCCUUGGCGUACCAGGCGGGCAAGCCGUUCAUGAACGACCGCGAGUACGACGCGCUCAAGCAGACCCUCAAGGCCAAGGGCAGCAAGGUGGCGAUCGAGGGGCCGCGCUGCAGCCUGCGCACACGCAAGGCGUACAGCGACAGCAUGGUGGACUACCUCCGCAUGACCGCCCUGAACCUGCCGGCUGCCAUCCUUGCUCUCCUCGUCGUUUUCUUCUUUGAUGACAUCAGCGGAUUCGAAAUCACUUACCUGCUCGAGCUUCCGGAGCCCUGGAGCUUCAUCUUCACGUGGUUCGUGGUGCUGCCUGUCGUGUACCUGCUGAGCCAAGCCAUCACCAACGGUAUCUUCAAGGACUUCCUCAUCCUGCAGGGCCCGUGCCCCAACUGCGGGCACAAGAACGUGAGUUUCUUCGGCACCAUCCUCACAGUCAGCACGGGACAACGGGUCAACCAGCUUAAGUGCGAAGAUUGUGGCUCCUCCAUCUCCUUCGACCUAGACACCCGCAGAAUCACUCUCGAGGCCCUCCCUCCCGUCGCAGCCAAGGGAGCACCUAAAUCUGCCUAA